AUAUUCUAAAUAUACUGUUGUACAUAUUUUUAAAAAGAAAAUUGUAGUUUUUAUUUUAAUUAUCCAUUUUUAUGAGUACUUGGAAUUACGCAUAGUUCUUCUAAUUACUGUCAUCAUCACCUUCUAGUAUCAAAACAUUUUGUUAGUUAAUUUAAUUGAUAAUUUUAAUGAGAUUCUUUUUUAAGUGAAAUAAGUAAAUUAAUAUUUAAGAUAAUAUACACUAUGUCGUGGAUUUUUGGAAUGGGUGGUAACAAUAAACCAGAACCCCCUAAUUUAGAAGAUGUACCUGGUUUGUCAGAAAAAAAACCAACUCCACCUCAAUCAUCAUCAAGUGGUGAAGCAUAUAAAUUUGAUUCUUCAGCAUUAGAACGAGCUGCACAAGCUGCUAAAGAAUUAGAAAGAUCAAAGCAUGCCAAAGAAGCAUUAGAUUUAGCCAAACUACAAGAAACCACUAAGCAAAUUGAAUAUCAGUCUAAAAUUAAAGAAUAUGAAAUUCAUUUGGAACAAGCACGAAAUGAACAAAAACGAGCAGAAAUUGAAGAAAGAAAAAAAUUAUUAGCUGAAGAAACUAAACAACAUCAACUACGUGCACAAUAUCAAGAUCAACUAGCCCGUAAAAGAUAUGAAGAUCAACUUCAGCAACAGCGUGCCUCUAAUGAGGAAAAUUUACGACGCCAAGAAGAAUCUGUUGCUAAGCAAGAAGCAAUGAAAAAAGCAACCAUUGAACAUGAAAUCGAGAUGAAAUCAAGGUUAGAUGCUAAAAAAACAGAAGCAAAAGCAUUAGCAAGAGCAAAAGCUGAGAGAGAAAAUCAUGACUUAAUUUUAGAACAACUUAAACUAAAAGCUUCUGAACAUCGCCAAACUGUUUUAGAGUCAAUCAAAACUGCUGGAUCUAUUUUUGGAAGUGGAGCAAAUGCUUUAUUAACAGAUUGGGAUAAAACAUUAAUGGCAGCUGGAGGAUUGUCAUUGUUAGCAUUAGGUAUUUACAGUGCAAAAGGAUUUACUAACGUAACAGCAAAAUAUGUAGAAUCUAGACUUGGUAAGCCAUCUUUGGUACGAGAAACGUCUAGAUUUUCAUUGUUAGAAACUGUGCGGCAUCCUAUUUUGACUCUUAAAGAGCUUAGAACAAAAAAAAGUAGUGCAUUAAAAGAUGUAAUAUUGCCACCUAAAUUAGAAUCAAGAUUGGGUGAUGUAGCAGUUGCAACUUUAAAUACAAAGAAAAAUCGUGGAAUGUAUAGAAACAUUCUUAUGUAUGGACCUCCUGGUACUGGAAAAACAUUAUUUGCUAAGAAAUUAGCUAUGCAUUCAGGAAUGGAUUAUGCUAUUUUAACUGGUGGUGAUGUAGCUCCCUUAGGUAAAGAUGGUGUGACAGAAAUGCACAAAGUGUUUGACUGGGCUAUAAAUUCUAGAAAAGGUUUAUUAUUAUUUGUUGAUGAAGCUGAUGCAUUUUUACGCAAACGUAGUUCAGAAAUGAUUAGUGAAAACUUACGUGCUACUCUUAAUGCAUUCUUAUACAGAACUGGUGAUCAAUCAAACAAGUUUAUGUUAGUUUUGGCUAGUAAUACACCAGAACAAUUUGAUUGGGCUGUUAAUGAUAGAUUAGAUGAGAUGGUAGAAUUUGGUUUACCUGGUAAAGAAGAACGCGAACGUUUAAUAAUGUUAUAUUUUGACAAAUAUGUACUAACACCAGCUACUCAAAACAAAGUUAAAUUAAAUGUUGAGAAAUUCGACUACAGUGCUUUAUGUAAAAAAAUGGCAGAAAUGACAGAAGGUAUGUCUGGUAGAGAAAUUGCUAAAUUGGGAGUUGCAUGGCAAGCUGCUGGCUAUACAUCAGAAGACGGUCUUUUAACUAAAGAAAUGAUAUUGAAUCGAUGUGAAGAUGCUGUAAAACAACAUAAGCAAAAGAUGGAAUGGAUGAGUGACAAAGAAAAAAAUGACUCCCGUAGCAGAAAAUACUAAAUUACCUAUAUUUUGUAUUAACUUAUAGUGAGUUGCUAUGAGAAUAGAGAUUAUUAGAUUGUUGAUUAUUACACAUUUAUAUUAUUAUGUACUCAUUUUAAAGAGCUCCUGAAAAUUCCAUUGUGUAUAUAUAAACUUUUUUGUAAAAAAAAAAUGUUAAAAAUUUUUUGGUUUAUUUAAAAUUCAUGUUAUGUUGAUAAUUUUAUUAAAACCAAAAUAAUAUUGAA